AUGACUAAUGAUAGGAAAAACGUAGGUCAAAACUUGCAUGUUUUCACUAUACUGCUGUGCUUGUUUGUAACACAGGAAUUCUCUAUCUUUGUCAUCUUCCAGGGCAACUGGGAUCAAGUAUGUGAGAGUUUUGACGAUAUGAAUCUCAAAGAAAAACUCUUACGAGGCAUCUAUUCUUAUGGUUUCGAAAAACCAUCGGCUAUUCAACAGCGAGCCAUUGUCCCUUGCACAAUGAAACGUGACGUUAUUGCGCAGGCGCAGUCAGGUACAGGUAAAACAGCCACGUUUUCUGUUUCCGUUUUGCAAAAUAUAGAUGAAACAGUCCCAGAGGUUCAGGCACUCGUUAUGGCUCCAACCCGAGAACUUGCACAGCAAAUACAAAAAGUUAUGUUUGCGUUGGGCGAUUAUAUGGGCGUGAAAUGUCACGCAUCCAUCGGUGGCACUAAUGUUCGCGAAGACCAACGAAUAUUGGAAUCAGGGGUACAUGUUGUUGUAGGUACCCCUGGCCGUGUAAAUGAUAUGAUCCAGCGUCAUUCCCUACAAACCUCUUCUAUUAAAAUGUUUGUUCUUGACGAAGCUGAUGAAAUGCUUUCCCGAGGUUUCAAGGACCAAAUUUAUGAAGUUUUCAAAUGCAUGCCGACAGAUGUGCAGGUUGUUUUACUUUCUGCAACAAUGCCAUCUGAGGUUCUUGAAGUAACUAAUCGUUUUAUGAAUAAUCCUGUGCGGAUUCUUGUAAAGAAAGAAGAACUUACUCUUGAAGGUAUUCGACAGUUCUAUAUUAAUGUUGAUAAGGAAGAGUGGAAGUUUGACACGCUGUGUGAUUUAUAUUCCACCGUUAACAUAACACAAGCCGUUAUAUUUUGCAAUACACGCAGGAAGGUAGAUACUCUAGCAAAUCAAAUGAAGAAUGAAAAAUACACCGUGUCUUGCAUGCAUGGCGACAUGGAACAGUCGGAGCGUGACACUAUAAUGCGCGAGUUCCGUACCGGCUCCUCACGUGUUCUAAUUACAACAGAUCUACUUGCCCGAGGUAUUGAUGUUCAGCAAGUGUCCCUUGUCAUCAACUAUGACUUACCAAGUAACCGCGAGAACUACAUUCACCGUAUCGGACGUUCAGGUCGUUUCGGCCGUAAAGGUGUGGCCAUUAACUUUGUUACCGAACAAGACCUUAGACAAUUAAAAGACAUUGAAAGUUUUUACAACACACAAAUUGAAGAGAUGCCAAGUGAUGUAGCAAACCUGCUUUAG